CGCGGAAAGGCUUUAGUAAAGCGCAACAUUGUUGGCUCAGCUAACACGCUCCAUUUUAUUAGCGUUGGCAGGAAGGGAAGAAAAAGGAAGAAUACACAUAAAAUAGGCGAUGGCGCUUCCAAAGAGAGGAGACUUGAAUGAGGAGGAGAAAGCAUUGCUUGAAGUCAUUAGCAGCGGAAACACCGAAGAAGCUUCAAGACUCCUUGGCAGCAAGACUGUCCGUGUGAAUUGUUUAGAUGAGCAUGGAAUGACCCCUCUAAUGCAUGCAGCAUAUAAAGGUAAAACUGAUAUAUGCAGGCUAUUGAUGCAACAUGGAGCUGAUGUAAACUGCAAUAAUCAUGAAUAUGGAUAUACUGCCUUAAUGUUUGCUGGACUCUCAGGCAACAAAGAAAUAACCCGGAUGGUGUUAGAGGCUGGAGCAGAGAUUGAUGUGGUCAAUUCUGUGGGAAGAACUGCAGCUCAGAUGGCUGCCUUUGUGGGUCAGCAUGAUUGUGUAACAGUUAUCAACAAUUUCUUUCCGCGUGAAAAGCUAAACUACUACACAAAACCACAAGGACUGGAUAAAGAACCCAAGCUUCCAAUUAAGCUAGCUGGACCUCUACAUAAAAUUAUUACAACUACUAAUUUGCAUCCUGUUAAGGUUGUGUUGCUGGUGAAAGAAAAUCCUCUUUUGGCAGAAGUUGAAGCAAUGCAGAAAUGUUACAAAGUAUUAGAUCUGAUCUGUGAGAAGUGCAUGAAACAGAAAGAGAUGAAUGAAGUUCUUGCAAUUAAAAUGCACUACAUUAGCUGCAUUUUCAAAAAAUGUAUCCUUUUUCUUGAACAAGAUGACAAAUUGGAUGGAUUAAUCAAAAGCCUUUUAAAAGGCAGAGAGAGAGAUGGAUUUCCAGUUUAUCAAGAGAAGAUCAUCAGGGAAUCUAUUCGGAAAUUUCCUUAUUGUGAAACUACCUUGCUUCAGCAACUUGUGAGAAACAUUGCUCCUGUUGAAAUUGGUUCUGACCCUACAGCAUUUUCUGUACUUACACAAGCUAUUACUGGUCAUAUAGGCUUUAUAGAUGCUGAAUUUUGUACAACAUGUGGGGAAAAAGGAGCGGACAAAAGAUGUUCCACAUGCAAAAUGGUUAUUUACUGUGAUCAGACUUGCCAGAAAAUGCACUGGUUUACGCACAAGAAAUCAUGCAGCAUGCUAAAGAAGAUUUAUGAGAAACAGAUGGUAGACGCAGCCAAAGAAAAAAAUAAAGAGCAGAAAACUCUCUAGGGAGAUGAUACAAAAGUAAGGCAAUGCCUUCCAGCCAGGGAUCCAUCUCCUGGGCCGGCCGGCCAGGUUUCCUUGCAGCUCAGUGCCCUUUGGGGGAUUGAUGGCCAUCCAACAGUGUCUCCCGCGCCCUGCCAAAUCAGGCAGAGAGGUAGCUCCAUGGCUCCUCACCAAAUCCUGACCUCUUCGCAGUCCCCUUCUUUUGAUCAAACUUUUCUUCACAACGAAGCAGCUGCCACUACAAAGCACCAUCUUUUUCUCAAGGCCAGUUAAUUUUUCCCCAUAGAUCCUGCCCCAAUAAAAAGAAAAAGUCAGCUGGAGUCCCAGGUUGAUGUGAUCUAAGCCAGCAAGUCAAGCUGCCCAUGGACACCUUUUCUUUGCAAGCACUCCAGGGUAGAGACUCCAGCAAUGCACAACUCAGAAUGUCAAAUGGAGCCAAGAAGGCUCCCCUUUGAGUUGCUUCAGAUCGAAGGACAGUUGGGAGUAGAUAUACAAGAGAUGUCACGGAUCCUUCCAUGGCAGACACCCAGUCAUACCUGUGGUAAAAUAAACAUCUUCAGCAUUCCACACAAGCACUGCAGGCAAGAGGAAUCUUGUUGACAUCCUGUCCUUUACCACUUCUCCCUUCCAGCACCCAUAUUGGACUAGUGAUGCCCACCCCUAUAACAGGAAGACCUUUUUUUCCUCUUGUGGAUCCUCUUCUAUCCAAAUGUCUGGAAGUUGAGUCAUGGCAACUGGACUUCUUUUUUGUUUGUUAGAAUUUCUUUGUUGCUAAUCCAAAUAGCUUCUUCAGUCUGACCAAGUUAGUUAGCCUAUUCACAUUAGGUAAAAAAUGAAACCAUCCUGGAGGACAUACAUGUUUUUUCCCUAACCAACCUGUUCAGACUGAACAACCUAGAUAUUCUUUUGUGCAACCUAGAUAUUCUUUUGUGCAGACAUGAUACUUCGACUGUUAAAAAUAUUAACACAUAUGGCAUCAUAUUUUAAUUAAAUUUCUCCUUUUAAUUUAUUUUCAAAUUGACAGAAAUAUUAUAAGUAGCUUUCUUUAUUAGUUGGAAUUCAGGCAGGAGGAUGUCAGUUUUCUGUAUUACUUGCUGAAAUGUACAUGGUUCUAUAUUUCAUUUGACACAUGCUUGUUUUCACUCUAGAAGCAGCACAAACUUCAGAAUCUAUUUUAACAAGCGAAGAACAGUACUCUGAACCUGAAACUCAUAAAGACAUGGAAAUAAAAAGUACUGGAGACCAAAGUGAAAUGAUUCCCAACAUAAAAAUGAUUGUGUCUUCUCCAGCA